ACACGGGGUCCGAAAAUCCUACAAUAAAUGAGAUCGACAACCCUUCGAUUCCUCACUGAUUUUUGCACGUCUCUCUCUCUCUCUCUCUCUCUCUCUCUCUCUCUCUCAUAUUUCCAUUUGUGGAUGCAGGAGCACGAAACCGUUUCAUGCCCCCCACUCUCAUAUAAUGCUUUCCAGAGCCUCUCCCUUGUAAUCUAAAAAAGUCCCAUUUCUCCUCUCUCUCUCUCUCUCUCUCUCUCUCUCUCUCUCUCUCCAUCGAAAAAUCCCAUUUUCAUGCGAUGGAACUCGGCCUCGAUCUAGGCCUACCGAGCAAAGAUCUCAAUUUAGAGCUGGUGCUGGAGCCCGCAUCAUCAACGGAACCUCGCAUUUUCGCCUGUAACUAUUGCCAGAGGAAGUUCUACAGCUCACAGGCAUUAGGUGGCCAUCAGAACGCCCACAAGCUCGAGCGUAGCUUGGCUAAGCGAAGCCGCGAGCUGAGCCUAGCAAUCCAGCCACAUGCCGGGGUGGGCCACCGUCAUAACGAGGCGAGCUAUGUUCGACAGAGCAAAGAAAUCUCCACCGUUGGUUACAAGGUUAGCGAAGAUUACAACGUGGGUAGGUUUGAAAGGAGACAGAGCUCUUGGAAUGGAAGCUACGUGCAUGAAGAUGUUGGUAAGGAGGAUUUCAAUCAUUUGGACUUGUCUCUGAAGCUUUGAUUUUUAUUUUUAUUUUCCUUUUCUUUUUUAAAUUUGGAGUGUAUGAUAUAAAGAGAUUUUGAUGGGCCUUUUGUGAUGUAAGUAAUCGACGGUUGCGAGUUGGAGAUACUUGUAUGGACAUGAAUUUAGAGUUCGUUUUGUUGGGCACCAUGUGCUGACUAAAAUGGAUAAAGCCCUGUCCCAUAAUCACAAUUAAAUGAUGAUCCUAGCCUUUGAUUUUUCGA